AUGGGAGAUGAAGGUAUCAUGAGAGGUGUCACAAAGCAAGCCAACCCUGGAAAGGCUACCAUAUUAGCUCUUGGCAAGGCAUUCCCACACCAACUUGUCAUGCAAGAAUACUUGGUUGAUGGAUAUUUUAGGGACACUAACUGUGACGAUCUUGAGCUCAAACAGAAGCUUAGCAGACUUUGCAAGACAACAACAGUGAAAACAAGGUACGUGGUCAUGUCUGAGGAGAUACUAAGGAAGUACCCAGAACUUGCGCUUGAAGGCCUUCCAACGGUGAAGCAAAGGCUAGAGAUAUGCAACAAGGCAGUGACACAAAUGGCAAUUGAAGCCUCCCAGGUUUGCAUCAAGAACUGGGGUAGAUCCUUAUCUGACAUAACACACUUGGUUUAUGUCUCAUCAAGUGAAGCUAGACUACCAGGUGGUGACCUUUAUCUAGCCAGAGGACUAGGACUCAGCCCUGCGACUCAACGAGUCUUGCUCUAUUUCGUGGGGUGCUCAGGGGGUGUGGCCGGCCUACGUGUUGCAAAAGACAUAGCUGAGAACAACCCUGGUAGCAGAGUGCUUCUAGCUACUUCUGAGACUACAAUCAUUGGGUUCAAGCCACCAAGUGCAGAUAGACCCUAUGAUCUUGUUGGGGUGGCUCUCUUUGGUGAUGGCGCUGGUGCAAUGAUAAUUGGCUCAGACCCAAUAGAGGGUACUGAGAAGCCUCUCUUUGAGCUUAACACAGCAAUUCAAGAGUUUCUGCCAGAUACUGAAAAAAAAAUUGAUGGAAGAUUGACUGAGGAGGGGAUAAGCUUCAAGUUAGCAAGAGAACUUCCUCAAAUAAUUGAGGACAAUGUGGAAGAUUUCUGUGACAAGUUAAUGAGUGUUGCUGGAUUCCAGAACAAGGAGUAUAAUAAGCUGUUCUGGGCAGUGCAUCCAGGUGGCCCUGCAAUCUUGAACCGCAUAGAGAAGAGGCUCAACUUGCUGCCAGAGAAGUUGAAUGCAAGUAGAAAGGCUUUGAUGGAUUAUGGAAAUGCUAGCAGCAACACCAUUGUGUAUGUGCUAGAAUACAUGCUAGAAGAGGCCAUUAAGAUUAGAAAGGAUGGUGGAGAUGAUCCUGAAUGGGGCAUGUUGCUUGCUUUUGGACCGGGGAUCACUUUUGAAGGGAUUCUAGCAAGGAACCUGUGUAAUUAA